AUGCCGACGGACGCGUCGCCGUGCAAGCCGCUGGCGGUGUUCCGGGACGCGCACGGGGGCGGCGGCUCCGUGUCCUGCCUCUCCCUCUGCGGCGAGUUCCUGCUCAGCGCCUCCACGGGCGCCGACAUCGUGGCCUGGCAGCAGCCGGACCUGCGCCUCUUCGCGCGCUUCGGCGGCGCCGGCGCCGCCGCCGGCUCCGUCAAGGCGCUGGUGGCGGCGGGCGGGCGCGUGUUCUCGGCGCACCAGGACGGGCGCGUGCGCGUCUGGCGCGUCUCGCGCCGCUCCGAGAACGCCUUCAAGCUCGUCGCCGCGCUGCCCACCGCCCGGGACUACCUGGGCCGCGUGUUCCGGCAAGCCAGCUACGUGCCCACCCGGCGCGGCGCCAGGCGGCGGCUCUGGAUCGAGCACGCCGACAGCAUCUCCUGCCUCGCCGUCGCCGUGCAGGACGGCGUCGUCUACUCCGGCUCCUGGGACAGGACGCUCAAGGUGUGGCGCAUGUCCGACCUCAAGUGCCUCGAGUCCGUGCGCGCCCACGACGACGCCAUCAACGCCGUCGCCGCCGACUGCGGCGUCGUCUACUCCGCCUCCGCCGACGGCCGCGUCAAGGCGUGGGAGAAGGGCAAGGUCGCCGGCUCGACGCACUCCCUCCUGGCCGUCCUCGUCGCGCGCGACGGCGUGUCGUGGAACGCCGUCGCGGUGAGCGCCGACGGCACCUCGGCGGGGCGGCGCGUGUACGCGGCCGGCUCGGACGGGCACGUCCUCGGCUGGGACCGGCACGGCGGCGCGCGGUGGAACCUCGCAUGUGACAUCAAAGCACACGCCAUGGCCGUGCUGUGCCUGUGCGUGGCCGGCGACCUGGUGUGCACCGGCUCCGCCGACAAGACCAUCGGCCUGUGGCGCCGGCAGCCCGACGGCGGCCUCUCCAAGGUCGGCGCCGUCGGAGGCCACGAGGGCCCCGUCAAGUGCGUCCAGGCCUCCGUGUGCCGGGCGAGCAAUGGCUGCAUGGUGUACAGCGGAGGGCUCGACAAGAGCAUCAGAGUCUGGUGGGUGCCCAACGGUGACCAGCGGCGUCCAGAAACGGACACCAAGGAUCACAAGCCCUGCGUGUUCUUGAGGUGA